GAGUGGAUCAGACUAAGCAAGCAAUUGUGUGUUUCCUUUUUUAUUAAGCUCCCACUUAUUCUCUGGGUAGGUUCACUUCAUCACCGGGUGAAAAUGCAUUCCAGGUGAAGAUCACUGCUCCUGAUGAACAGUUCACUCGGGUUGGUGUGCAAGUAUUAGACAGGAAAGAUGGUUCCUUCAUUGUAAGAUACAGGAUGUACGCAAGCUACAAAAACCUGAAGAUAGAAGUCAAAACUGGAGAUAAACACGUCGCAAAGUCUCCAUAUAUUUUAAAAGGACCUAUUUAUCAUGAAAACUGUGACUGCCCUCAGGAGGAGAGCAGUACAUGGCUGGAAGAGAUGAACUGCCCUGAAAUCAUUCCACAGAUUCAAAGAGACCUAGCAAAUUUUCCCAUUGUUGAUCCAGAUAAGAUUGCAAAAGAAAUUCCACAGAGGUUUGGACAAAGACAGAGUUUGUGUCAUUACACCAUCAAAGAUAACGAGGUGUAUAUAAAGACGUAUGGAGAACAUGUUGGCUUCAGAAUUUUCAUGGAUGCCAUACUGCUUUCUUUGACAAGAAAAGUGAAAAUGCCAGAUGUAGAAUUUUUUGUUAAUUUGGGGGACUGGCCUCUGGAGAAAAAGAAGUCCCCACAGAACCUGCACCCCAUCUUCUCAUGGUGUGGGUCCACUGAGUCAAAAGACAUUGUCAUGCCAACAUAUGACUUAACGGACUCGGUUUUGGAGACUAUGGGACGAGUCAGUCUGGAUAUGAUGUCAGUUCAAGCAAAUACUGGCCCAUCAUGGGAAGACAAGAAUACCACAGCAUUCUGGAGAGGACGUGACAGCCGCAAAGAGAGGCUUGAACUUGUAAAACUGAGCAGAAAAUACCCAGGGAUCAUAGAUGCUGCUUUCACAAACUUUUUUUUUUUUAAACAUGAUGAAAACCUCUAUGGUCCCAUUGUUAAGCACAUUUCAUUUUUUGAUUUUUUUAAGUAUAAAUAUCAAAUUAAUAUUGAUGGCACAGUGGCAGCAUACAGAUUGCCUUAUCUACUAGCAGGAAACAGUGUGGUGCUAAAGCAAGACUCCAUCUACUAUGAGCAUUUUUAUAACGAGCUGCAGCCAUGGAAACAUUAUAUUCCGUUUAAAAGUGACCUGAGUGAUCUACUAGAAAAACUGCAGUGGGCAAAAGAGCAUGAUGAAGAGGCAAAAAAUAUUGCAAAAUCUGGACAAGAAUUUGCAAGAAACAAUCUCAUGGGAGAUCACAUUUUUUGUUAUUAUUUCAAACUUUUCCAGGAAUAUGCCAGCUUGCAAGUGAGCGAGCCAAAAAUCAGAGAUGGGAUGGAGAAAGUGCAGCAGCCUGAUGAUGACCUUUUUCCAUGUACUUGCCACAGAAAAAAGGCCAAAGAUGAACUCUGA